UAGUUGGGCAGCAGAACCGGAUGGUAAAUUCUUGAGCAGACGGCAUAUUUCCAUGCUUGCUGACUUGCAACAGAGAUUUGUGGUCAAUGCGAGCUCAGGCUGCCUUGAGUUAUCUGAAGGCGUGAGCAAGUAUUCGCUUUCACGUACGCAUUUUGACAUGAACAAAUUCGGAAAGACCUCAGAAGAGGACUUUGAGACGGUGUGCGAAGUUAUCCGAGAAAUGACGCAGAUCAAUCAGCAUCACGGCUGCUCAGUCUCGAAUCAGAAAAGCCCAGGCGCCCAAUACAUGCCCGGAGUGUCUGGCCCAUCAGAGGGACUUGAGUCCUCAGUCAGAAGCCUGCAAGCAUUAGGACUUGGUCUCACAACAAACGCUUGCACGCCGGUACCUCAAAAGCCUAAAGGCAAGAAGAAAAAGUCAUCGGCUUCUAGAGUUGCGAACGAAUGGUCACCUGCAGAAGAUGUAGAACUUGUACGUAUUGUACAGGCAAUGGAAUCACCUGACUGGAAGCGGGCAGCUAGACACUUUACGCGGCGAUCUUCCUUUGCAUGUCAGAAACGAUAUGAGAAAGUGACUUCGCUAAGGUUACCUUAAAACGAGCCUUCUAUAUGGAGAUCACGAGCGCUCAAGUUUCAACUACACUGGCCAUGUUUGGCACGUUUUGGCACGCGCAAGAGGGAUGAAAUGGCUAUACUACAUCUAGAGAAGAUGACGCGGAACUUAGUAGCAGAACUCUCCA